CGAAGAAUGGAAAGUGAGUAACGGAUCUUCGGGGGCAAAAAUGGUCCACCAUGGAAGAAAGGGAAGUCUGAGUACCCAAAAAUCAAAUUAAUCGACUUUCACUCACGAGUUGAUGAGGAAAUCUCCUGAGAACAUUCAUAUCUCAUCAAGCCAAUCAGCCAAUCAAUUAUACUUCAACUGCACAGCAAGAAGGAAGUCCUACUAUACCGCACAUUCCAAGAGAUACACAACUCUGAAACUUCUGGGUCCAAGCUUGCCCAUCAAGAAUGAUGAAGCAGUACACAUCCUCAACUCAUUCGACAAAGUAUAUUGUCACACCACUUCCAUGAAGAAGAUAUAUCCUGAGACAACAAGUCGAAAGUCGCUCCAAGCCUGACCAACAAGAGGAUUAAGGCGACAUACAUCAUCAUUUCAACUUACAAAGCAUAUCUUUACGCAACUAUCACCAAAAAGAUACACCUCAAGACAACAAGUUCAAAGUCUCUCCAACAUAAGCAUGACCUAUGGAUUGAGUUGAUCAAAAGGGAAAUGAUAGUUCCUGGAGGAUGAGCAAUUUAAAGGAACCCCGAGUAAAAACAAAAUAACCAACAAAACAAAACAACAUAUUGGCAUACCUAAUUUCAAAAGGAUCAUGUCACUCAACAUUCAUGACUUCACCAGCAUGACAUCACACAUAAUUAUUUCAAUACCCGCUUCAUAACAUCAUCAUACGUCAAGGUGACUUGCUAUGCAUCACGAUCACUUCCUAAAAUUCCUAAAAUAUCUUUCUAAAUGUACGUGAAAACAUUUUUCUGCGAAAUACAACUACGCAUUUACCAAAUGUUAGCUUGAUCUUUGUCGCUAGCACAUUUCUCAUUGUUUGAUUUGAUUCAUAUCACAAACAAUUUGAGUACAAUAUCAUUUACAAAAUUGUUAGUUUGAUCUUUAUCACUAACAUAUUCCUCAUUGUUCUAUUUGAUUUCUAUCAUAGACAAUUUGAGUACAAUAUCAUUUACAAAAUUGUUAGUUUGAUCUUUAUCACUAACAUCUUUCUCAUUUUUCUAUUUGAUUUCUAUCAUAGACAAUUUGAGUACAAUAUCCUUUACAAAAUUGUUAGUUUGAUCUUUAUCACUAACAUUUCCUCAUUGUUCUAUUUGAUUUCUAUCAUAGACAAUUUGAGUACAAUAUCAUUUACAAAAUUGUUAGUUUGAUCUUUAUCGCUAACACUUUCCUCAUUGUUCUAUUUGAUUUCUAUCAUAGACAAUUUGAGUACAAUAUCAUUUACCAAAUCGUUAGCUUGAUCUUUAUCGCUAACGCUUUUCUCAUUGUUCUAUUUGAUUUCUAUCAUAGACAAUUUGAGUACAAUAUCCUUUACAAAAUUGUUAGUUUGAUCUUUAUCACUAACAUAUUCCUCAUUGUUCUAUUUGAUUCCUAUCAUAGACAAUUUGAGUACAAUAUCCUUUACAAAAUCGUUAGUUUGAUCUUUAUCGCUAACGCCUUCCUCAUUGUUCUAUUUGAUUUCUAUCAUAGACAAUUUGAGUACAAUAUCAUUUACAAAAUUGUUAGCUUGAUCUUUAUUGCUAAUAUCUUCCUCAUUGUUCUAUUUGAUUUCUAUCAUAGACAAUUUGAGUAUGAUAUCCUUUACAUUUUUUUAGUUUGAUCUGUAUCACUAACGUCUUCCUCAUUGCUUGAUUUGAUUUCUAUCACAAGCAAUUUGAGUACAACGUCCCUUAUGAAAUCGUUAGCUUGAUCUUUAUUGCUAACACUUUUCUCAUUGUUUGAAUUGAUGUCCAACACAAACAAUUUGAGUACAAUAUGCUUCACAAAAUCAAUCGUUAGCUUGAUUUUAUCGCAGUCAUUUUCACAUUGAUAAAUUUGAUUUCAAUCUUAGAAAACUGGAGCAUAUCAUGGUUACCAAAAUGAUUAGCUUGAUGUUACCGCUAUCACUGUUCUCAUUGGCCAAUGUGGUUUCUGCCACAGACAACUUAUGUACAUCGUUUUAACAAAAUGGUUAGCUUGAUUUCAUCGCUAACAUUCUCCAAUUUGAUCGGUUUGUUUCUAUCAUGAACAACUUGAGUACAUCGUUGUUAGUUGUUAACGAAUGGCCAGUUUGAUUUCAUCACUGCCAUUUUCUUAUACAAUUUGGUUACCAUUAUCUUAACAACCUGGACACGUCGUUGUUACCAAAGAUUAGCUCAAAUCCUUCUUAUGAGAGUUUGACUUUUCAAAAUGUGAUGUCUUUUACAGAAACUUUGUAUAACUCUUUAUACAAAGAGAUAUACAAAGGGGGGCAACUGUAGACACCACAUUUUGUCCGGGCACACACUACACUUAAAAUUCGAAAGAAGAAAAUCGAUAUUGAUAA